AUAAAAGACAAUGUUGUAAAUUGAUUUUAAGAGAGAAUCCAAACAUUACGCAAAAUUGACCUAUAAGGCCUCACAUGAAGGUUACCCUUUCGUUGAAGUGUAAGGUAUGAUGAUGCAGUGCAGGCAUCGUUUGCAGGCAUGGCUAUGUUAUUGGUUGCAAAGUUGACGAAUUGGAUUGAGAGCAUGGUACAACGCCCCAUUGAAAGCGAGGAAGACAAGAGAACAACCGUGUCAUGUAAUCACAACAUAGCUUUCGCCGUCGCGUUUGGGUCAUGACGUUUCUCUCAGUAGUCUGGUACGAAUCGCUCCCGUACGAAUAAACGACAUCGAGCAAGGGGAGCAGAGGUAGGCUGCAAAGUCCGCACAAGCAAACCUCUGGAUUCUUCCAAUAUUUGAAAUUGGUCAUCCACACUGAAAGAAAUCUUCAUUUUUUUUCAUCUCGAGCUUUAUUCCUGGGUGAUCUCUGUGCAUUGAGUUAUGUCAACAGCUGCACUAAUAACCUUGUGUAGAUCUGGUGGCUUUCAAGUGCGAAGACGAGGACUGUUGACCUUCAAGCUGCUUCAAGGCGAAAGGCGCCUGGUGGUUCUUUACCAUACUACAUCAAGUGAUCGAAGGUCUUCUCGGUUUGAUGUAGAUGGUGGUGGCCGUCUAACACCUUGGGAUUCUUUUGGUAUCUGGGACAACCGCAUCGAUGAACCAAUUCUGCUUCCACCUAGUAUAAAAUAUGGCAAACCCAUUCCAAAUAUCAGCCUGGGGAAAGUUGGAUGUGUCACUCAAAUAGGCCAACGCAAAGAAAAUGAGGACCGUUUCAAUAUUGGAAUGCUGACUGAUAACGUGAUGUAUUUUGCAGUGUACGAUGGACAUGGUGGAACAGCAGCAGCUGACUUUUGUGACAAGUACAUGGCAAAGUAUAUUGCACAAUGCCUUUCACAGGAGGAGGAUCUGGAAAUUGUGUUGACAAAAGCAUUUUAUGAGACGGACAAGGAAUUUGCAAGACAAGUUCAUUUAUCUAAAAAUACCUCCUUCCUUACCUCUGGAACAACUGCCACUGUGGCUCUGUUACGUGAUAGCAUUGAGCUUGUGGUGGCAAGUGUGGGUGAUAGCCGGGCAAUUCUUUGUCGUAAAGGAAAACAUAAGCGACUGACUGAGGACCACACUCCAGAAAGAAAGGAUGAGAGGGAAAGGAUUAAGAAAUGUGGUGGAUUUGUUUCAUGGAACAGUCUGGGACAACCACAUGUAAAUGGGAGAUUGGCUAUGACACGCAGUAUAGGAGAUCUAGCUUUAAAAUCUGUUGGAGUCAUUGCUGAGCCAGAAACCAGGCGAAUUAAGCUACAACAUGGAGAUGAUGCUUUCUUAGUUUUAACAACAGAUGGGAUCAACUUUAUCAUGAACAGCCAAGAAAUUUGUGACCAUAUCAGUCAAUGCCAUGAUCCAAUCGAAGCUGCCCAGGUUAUUGUUGAACAGGCCUUGCAGUAUGGUGCAGAAGAUAACAGUACUGCCGUUGUGGUUCCAUUUGGUGCUUGGGGGAAACAUAAGAACUCCGGCAUCAGCUUUUCAUUCAGCCGAAGCUUCGUCUCCAGUGGAAGAUGGGCAUGAAGUUGCGAUGAUGGAAAGACUAUCAUCUAAACACUGCACAUGAUCCAGUUUUUAAAAUAUUAUCCAUUUUAAAGACCACUUUCGAAGAUUAUAUACUUGAUGUUUUCAUUUGGGGAAUGUCAGUCAUGUUAAGACUUGUAAUGUGAAUAAAGGCAGCUAGCUAGAUGUAUAAUUAAAGCUUUGCUGUGUCAUUUGGAAAACGAGAAAAUUAGUAACUGGAUGGAAUUGUCGACCAUUGGCGCAGAGUAGGCAGCAGUACUGAAAUUCACUAUUUAGUCAUUUUAGAUGUCACACUGUAUGAAAAUAGUCAUCUCAUACAACUUCUCAGAUUUUAGGGUUGUGUGUCAAAAUUGUUGGUUAUUUUCAACUUGGUGUAAUGUUACAAAGAACAUUUGUACUAAUUUUGAUGAAUUUUCAGUUCUGACACCAAAAUAGAUUUGAUUCCUGUCCAACAUUAGAUGUUGUAUCUGCUGCAGGGAAUGUGGGGUAAAUUGUUCAUUUGUGCUGGGACCCAAUUACCUCUACAGUAACACUAUUUAUAGUAAUACUAACAUGUGCUUGAAAGAACACCUGUCUCAUGAACAACUUAAAUAUGUUUUUCACAAAAAAAAGUUUGCCCAUGUUAAACUUUAGCUUGCUUUAUUGCUAUAUUUUUAGCCAGAUAGAUGGCUUUUCAAGUACAAAAGCAUUUUUGCAUUUCCCUAUUUUAAUUCUGUCUACUUGAAGCAUGGCACCAUGGAGUAAGCUUGGGGUAAGAGAUUAUUUUCCCCCUCAUUUCUUAUUAUAAACUAAAUGUGGUUGAUGGUUGUAGCUUUAAACCUAACUCCUAACGUUAGAUCUGUGGGCAAUUUUCCUGUUGCUAACAGGCUUGAUUCCUGGCAUUUGAUUGGUUUGGGGCCAUCACAAAAAUUUUUACCACGUGUUGGUGCCUUUCCAAGUCUGCCAGAAAGGUAGUGUGGAAUAUGACCAGAAUAAAUGUAUUGUGAUGCCUUCCUAGCCUUAUCUACUUUUUCCAGCAUUAAUUUCUGGAUUUGAGAAGCUUGAAAUUCAACUGUGCUUGGAUCUGUGAGAGUGUCAAUAGAGGGGUAUGUUGGCUUGAUUAGAAAGAGAUUGACUAAGUUUUUCAGUGCUGCUGAAGUAUUAGAAUCUGAGUACCCUGGGUCAGGUUUCUGUUUAACUGCAUCACAUACAUGCGGGUUGUUGUAAGAGACAUGGAAUAAGAUAGGCAGAAUAUCCUUGUCACUUCUGUUGUUGAAAAGCAUACAAUCUGCUGGAGGAACUCGGUGGGUCAAGCAGCAUCUGUGGGGUGGGAAAGGAAUUGUCAAUGUUUCUGGCUGAAACCCUGUAUCAGGAUUGCUUUUGAAUUUGAAUCAGGACUCUUGAAUUUGGCCAAAUUCUAAAAGCGCAAAUCAAUUUGGGAGGUUGGGUGGUAUUGUGGGGGUGGAGUUUAUGGGAACAAGAACAAUUCUUACCUUGGCUCUGACUAGAUGGUGGUAAUCUUUUAGAGCCUGAGGGAGUUGUGCAUGAAUUAUUUCCUCCUGUAUUUUCGGUUUUUUUUACUCUGCAAGUGGAAUUUUGUCUAAAUUCAAUAAUGGAUUGGAUACCCAAACUCAGAAGAUGUGCUUUGAGAAAGGGGGGGGAGAAAAAAGUGAAUUGGAAAAGUUCUGCCACAAAUAAAUCAGAACACUUUUUGAGAAUAUUUGUGUGAUGUCUGAAUGACAGAAAUGUAUUUAGAAGCUAUUGAUUCCUUCUUUUUGCAGAGCAGAAGGAUAAUGGGAUUAGUAGAUUAGCAAACCAUCAUUUAUUUUUGCUGUUUCUCUCGUUCCUGCCCCCAAUUUUUAAAAAAAAAACCAUAACAUGAAAGAUUGAAUUAGGGCACUUAAUUACCUGUCUUUUUAUAGCUGAAAAGCCUGGAGGCAGAGUUUGCUUGCAUUUUGAAGGAAGCUAAUAUUGAUUUGGAUUAAUAUUAGGUUUAGAGCAUGAGUAUUUUGGGUUAUUCAUUGAGAUUAAUUCCUUUAGUUGUAAUGUACAACUAUUUGACUCUUGGACUGCUUUGAGUUAUUAAACAGAAUGAUCAGAGAUGGGAAGUGAUUAUUGGUUUCAUUCAUCUAGUAUAUUAUCAAUUAUUUUUAAAAGUAGUUUCUGAAUUUCUGAAAAAUCCAUGUGUUCAACAACAGUUCAGUGUUAAGCUUGCCUAUGAUUGCUAAUGCAGCCCUCCAUUUUGGUGCAAGAAAAGCUUGUUCAUUACCUCAGUUACAUAAGCUCUAGCACAACUCAUUUUGGUAGAUAACUGUGCAGAUAAAUUAGUGGGCUACCCAAUCUCUGGUAAUACUGUUUAGUAUAUAGUUUGAUUUGCAUUCAUGCAUGUAAUUUAGAAGCUGAAUCCUUGGAAUGGUGGAUGAUGGGGAUCACUUGCAAUGUAGAAAUAUUUACAAAUAUAGCACUGCUGUAUAAGUGGCUUUAAUUUAAUUCAUCAUGAAUUAUUCUGUUUUCAUGUUGUUGAUGCCCAGAAAUUUUGUAACCCAGUUUUGUGCAUGCAGUUGCUUCUGCUAAUUGUAUUAUAAUGUGCAUAGUGUGUGUAAAUACUUGUGUAUAUAGUAUUAAUCAGUAAAUAUACAGUAGAUAUAUUUACCUUGGUAGUAAAUAUGUAUUAUGAUUUGAACUGAAUUUGUUUAUACAGAUUUUGCACUUGUAUUUGAACAGUGUCUUUUUAUAACCUGUAGUACCCCAGCAGUCUAUAAAUGGGAUUUGAUUACAUUGUAGAGACUAGUACCAGAAGACAAAUAUUGUAUACAUCCAAAGAACUGCUAACAUGACUACCGAUACAAAUUCAAUUCUUGGGUUUUUUGCAAAUUUAAGUCUAUUUGAGAUGAAACAAAAUGAAUAGGUUACACUAUCUGCUUUUUGUGUAGUCACUGGAUGGUUUUCAACAUAUGUACUGUGAUGAGAACAGACUGUUACUGUGCUUUGAGUGCCCAAAUCCCUGAUGGAUUCUUUUGUUCAUCCCUCAAAGCACUAAUGUUCACCAUUUAUAUGGUGCAAGAAGGAGAUUGGAUAAUUAAACCCAAAGCUGUGAACAAACUGUAACCAUGUUCAGUAUAAUGUAUACUUCAGUGCAGUGCUGUAAAUUAAUGUGCUUGUUUGAAUUGGUACCCAGAUGUGCUGCUCUAUCACUUGAAUAAGUGAGUACAGUUAGACAAAUGUGAAUUAACGCUAAAUUCAAUGAAAACAGUAAUUUGAGUGGCACCUGUCAGCAUUGUGGUGGUAAUAAAAUUUCUUGCUGGCCAUCUAAUGCUGCAUUGAUGGUAGUGGAAUAGGGAUACAUUUUAAUUGUGCGGCUCUUAGUAUUGUGUAAUAUCCACUAAUAAUAAAUCAUAGGUUCAAAGUACAACACUUCCUUUUAACUAUUGUCAUCAAUGGAUAUGGUGGUAUAGUGACUGUUAUUAGACUGGUAAUCCAGACACCGCAUGCCAGUUUGCUAACAUUUCAAUUCCUUUACCUUGAAUAUAGUGUUUAUCUUAAAGAGAAACAGGUUUUCUUUCAGAGUGGACACCAGUUAUGCUGAUCUGGAUGUGACUGGUGUCACAGAAAUAUAAUUAACUAUUUCCUGAAGUGGAGUGCUUUCUGCCCUUGAGCCAUUCACUUGCCCCACUUUUGAUGAUAAAUCAGUACUAGAAAUAACUUUUUGCUGUGAAUUAACAAAAGUAAUUUUGAUUGGUGCAGAUGCCUUUUGAUUAAAUUUGGAUAUCAGUUCAGUUAUUUGUUCCAUGUAGAACCACAAGUGAACAACUAGAUGCUUGAAAUGGAAUGUGAAAGCAACAGUGUACAAGUUCUUGUUUAAAAGAAAUAAGAAUCAUAAUCUUUUAAUAGUCAUUUAAAAUAGAGCAAUUCUUGACAUGGUUUUCUCAAGUAUGAGGUUUUUCCUCCAAUUAGAUUUGGUACAGACAACCAUUGAAGUUUGCCUUAAUAUUAAGACUUUGAGUGUGUAUUUCUGGUUUUAAUUUUUUAAACAAGCUGUAGUUUACAUAGAAUUCCUUCCCCACCACUUCCACCCCCCCGGUGUCACAGUUGGAUUCACAGUAUGGAAGUGUUGCUUGUAUGAUGUUGUAUACAAUGCAUUUUAAAACAAAAUUAUGUGUAGAUGUUUUGGGUAAUGCAUGAUGAAACCAGCAUGUAAUGCUAUUGUACAGUAACUGAAACUAUGUAUUCUUUCAAAAUACUAAAUAAAACUAUUUACAUAACUUUG